CUCUCUCUCAUCGCCUCUGUCUUUAUAUGACCCCUCUCAUGCUGCUCUCAUCUUCAGGGCUCUAACCUCAAUUCUCUCUCUUCUUCCUUGGAGCCCCCCCUCCCUGCCCUGCUGAUCAGCCCUUUUCAUCUCCAUUCCCAUUCAAAUCCAUCCCUCUUCACCCCACCGAUCCUCAUCUUCCGUAAUGGGUUCCCCGCCUGACACCAGCAAGACCAUGAAACUCGAGCGUUACAACAGCUACCUCCGCCGCAUCAAUAACACCAAGCUUCUCAAUGCUUCCUCCAAGCUUCUCUUCCGCGCCACUCUCCUCGUCGCUCUCGUCCUGGUCUUCCUCUUUACCCUGAAUUACCCCCCUCUUUCCGACACUCCCCCCCACCAUUUCCACACCCGCCACAACUUCCUCUCCUCCGCUUUCUACGGCGCCGGCGCCGCCUGGGAGAAGCAGGUCCGCCACUCCUCCGCCCCUCGCCGCCCCAAUGGCAUGUCCGUCCUCGUCACCGGUGCUGCCGGCUUCAUCGGCUCCCACUGCUCCCUGGCCCUCAAGAAGCGCGGCGACGGGGUUCUCGGCCUCGAUAACUUCAACGACUACUACGAUCCCUCCCUCAAGCGCGCCAGACAAGCGCUUCUUUCCAAGCAUCAAAUCUUCAUUGUCGAAGGCGACCUCAACGACGGGCCCCUGCUGUCUAAACUCUUCGACGUCGUUCCCUUCACGCACAUCCUCCACCUCGCCGCUCAGGCCGGGGUUCGCUACGCGAUGCAGAACCCGCAGUCGUAUGUGAGCUCCAACAUUGCCGGAUUCGUCAACCUUCUGGAGAUCGCCAAGGCGGCGAAUCCCCAGCCCGCCAUUGUCUGGGCGUCCUCGAGCUCCGUCUACGGCCUCAACACCGAAAACCCGUUCUCCGAACUGCAUCGGACCGAUCAGCCGGCGAGUCUCUACGCCGCCACCAAGAAAGCCGGCGAGGAAAUCGCCCACACUUACAACCACAUUUACGGACUCUCCCUGACCGGACUGAGAUUCUUCACUGUGUACGGCCCCUGGGGCAGACCCGACAUGGCGUACUUCUUCUUCACGAAGGACAUACUGCAGGGGAAGACCAUCGACAUCUACCAGACGCAGGAGGCGAAGGAGGUGGCGCGUGAUUUCACGUACAUCGAUGACGUGGUGAAGGGGUGCGUGGGGGCGCUGGACACUGCGGAGAAGAGCACGGGGAGCGGGGGCAAGAAGCGGAGGCCGGCACAGCUGAGGGUGUACAACCUGGGGAACACAUCGCCGGUGCCAGUGGGGAGACUGGUGUCCAUCCUGGAAGGACUGCUGAGCACAAAGGCGAAGAAGCACGUGAUCACGAUGCCGAGGAACGGCGAUGUGCCGUACACGCACGCAAACGUGAGCCUGGCUUACAGAGACUUCGGGUACAAGCCCAGCACGGAUCUGGCGACGGGGCUGAAGAAGUUCGUGAAGUGGUACGUCAGUUAUUACGGGAUCCAGUCGAGGGUAAAAAAGGAAAGCCACGGGAGCCACCAGCAGCCCGGGGAAUCCUCGUGAUUAUAGUCAUCCCAUCAUCCCGGCUUUUCUCUCUAUAUAUAAAUAUUUUUUUUUUACUGGUUAAAUUAUUGCUUUUUCUUUGUUUGUGGCCGGGUUCAAUGAAGUACCCUGUGAAGAAGACGGUGUAAAAUAUUGAGGCAUAUAUAUAAGAUUGGCAGAGAAGGACGGAAGGGAGAUAGGAUGGAGGCGAGGAUGUGAGAGGGGCGGUGGUGUAAGUAAUAAUGGCGGGUGGGGUCUGGUGCGAAGGCGGUCGAUCUCAGCCCUCUGAUUCAUACUCUUUUAAGAACAUCACAGAAAAGUAAUUGCAACAAAAUUAUUACAUGAGUUUCAAUAUUCA